AUACCCGAUGUCUCCUCCCUUUGUGGCCGCCCAAACCCCGCCUUCGGUCCCUCCCUUUUCCCACGCUGACACUCCUCCCACUCCUGCCCCCUGGCCCGCCCUAGGGGCGGAGCCAGGCACUUCUCCCCACCCCGGAAGGAGGCCAUCUUGGAAUGGUAGUUCCCACGCUGCCUCUUCCGGUUCCCACGGUAGGAAACCGGAAGACAACAGCGAUGGAAACCAGGAAGUGCAUCUCUCAGCUGCGCCUGUCACCUACCGAAGGGCUCGCGGGGGUGGCGACCCUAAACCGAAUUGGCAGCCAUUUUCACAAACUAUAAUUCGAGAUUUAUGUAAGGCGCACAAAGAGUUUGGGAGAGAGAGCCCGUACUUCCGCGGCCUCCUUCAGGCAGACCUAGCAGCUGCGACAACCCUUCCUGCAGACUUAAAGCAAUUAUUUUCUUGCCUGAUGACACCGGCUGAAUUUGAAUUAUGGCUUGCUGCGUUUAGGCAAGCCCUGCGGGAAGAGCUGCCGCACCUGCCACUCCCAGCAAUUGAUGAGGGAGGUAAUCCCCUUACUGUUGAAUUGCUGGGAGGAGAAGGUUCCUUCGAGUCCCCUCAAAUUCAGGCACUGCUCAUUCCACCAGCAGUUUUGCCUAGGGUGCGAGACCUGGCCUGCAAAGCCUUUUUCACGAUGCAGCCUCGUGCACCCCUGCCGCCGUUCACCCAGAUUAGGCAAGGGGACACAGAAUCAUUUGUAGAUUUCGUGGACAAGAUGACUAGGGCUUUAGAAAUACAAGUAACGGACGGGCUUGCCCGUAAGAGAAUUUUGGAGGAGAUUGUUUUUGCUAAUGCUAAUAAUGUAUGCAAACAAGCGAUUUUAAGUCUCCCUCCAGAACCCCCACGGACUCUACAGGUGAUGCUGCAAGUUUGCCAGCAAAAGGUCCCUUUCCUGCUUCAACAUAUGACCACCACAAGCAAGCAGGGAACUCGGCAGGUGCAUGCUGCGGAAGAUGCGACUCUUCGUCGCCCACAGGCCCGCAAGCCGGCAGCGUCGAACCCAGCUAGAGCACGGGUCGAGUGCUACCUCUGCCAUGAAAAAGGGCAUUUUGUGAGCCAAUGCCCGCAUAACUUGCUGGCAAAGCCUCGGCCGCAGCAGGAGGACUCCCAACACAAUUCAAAAAACUAGGGGGGGAGUGCGGGCCCACCCGGCAUGAUGACCCCAACAGGGUGGGCAGUGCAGAAGAGAAGGCAGUCAACGCCUUUGGGGGUCACUGGACCAAGACAACUAUCUCGGACUGGCAUUUCCUUUACCCUUCCCAGGAGGGAACUUUCCCGGACUUGACGUUAACACCAUUUUGUAAACCUUACAGGUUGAGGCUCACUCACAGUGCGCACCUCAGAGAUACCAGCUGGUACCCAGUUCGCGUGGAUUGCGAAGACCUUCUGGACUGGCCGUUUCAAAGGAAAGAUCCGUCCAACCAUGAGCGCCAAGACUGCCAUCAGUUCAGCCGUCCUCUUCGCCAGUCUCCUGACCAUCGCCCAGGCGUGGCUCGUCCCCCAGCCACAACAGAACGUCUGGACUGUCUUGGCCAAAUCACUGGGCCAAGACCACAUAUGUCUCAACCAAGCGAGUGCCGCGAAUCCCAUGGCAUCCUGCCUCGUGGGGAUCCCAUUUAAAGAUCGUGAGAUGCCCAAGAUGCUUCUAGGUUAUGCUCAAAAACUUAGACAAGAAGCUGCUAAAAUGGAGCAUAACCUAAAGCAUGCCCAUUACAUCGUCGCGUGGUACAAUUAUAUUAAAAGUCUUCCAAAGUUAGAAAACGAGCCUCAGGAGCUGGAGCUUCUAGGUUCCGCCAGAGCCGAAUCUUGUUUUCAUAUCCGCAACGACCACGUCCAGCGUCACCACCGUCAUUUUGUCUCCUCCAAAGCCCAUUUUAAUACUCAUUGGUGCAACGCUGUGUCCUUUAGUUAUCCUCCAAUCCCUCCCCAAAAAUCAGCCCAAGUCUUUGCCCAUCCCCGCCAGCUUCCCAGGGGAACAUUCUUGAUUUGCGGAGACCACGCAUGGGCAGGUAUCCCCUCUCACCUCUCCGGAGGCCCGUGCACCUUUGGGACCCUCGGAUUGUUUUCACCCAACAAAUCACAAAUUUUGGAUUGGGUUACACAAAAUUCUACAAAUGGUGCACAUCUAUUGGCACACUCUAGAAAGAAGAGAGAAGACUACUCUCUCAAAAAAUUGGCAGACGAUUGCGAUGAGGAAAUUAUCCAUUGGAGCAGAUCUAAAGGCAUCGCAAUCACAGUAUUUGCGCCGUGGGUCGCCAUUGCUAAGACCCUCGGAGAAUUAGGCCAUUUGGAAUGUUGGGUAGCUAAGCAAUCCCGUUUGACUUCUAGGGCCCUAUCAAACCUCCUGAAAGAUGAGGAAAUUACGAGGCAGGCAACCCUCCAGAAUCGUGCAGCCAUCGAUUACCUCCUGCUCCUCCACGGUCACUCGUGUGAGGAGUUUGAGGGGCUCUGCUGCUUUAAUUUGACAUCUAGGGCCAAGGGGACUCGCGAGGCACUCAAACAAAUGGAAAACAUGAUAGGAGACAUCAAACAAGAAUACGGGGACUGGCUCAGUAAUUUGUUCAAGGGAUGGGGGAUCUCGGGUUGGACGGGAUCGAUUCUUAGAACUGUUCUGUUAAUUGUUUUUGUGCUUUUUGUUGCUAUUGCCAGCCUUGGACUAAUGAAAAAGAUGUUGCAGAAUUUGAUUUCUUCCUCCACAUCACCACUCAAAGCUGAAGUCCACCGAGUAGCCGUUGAAGUAGGCCCAGAAGUGUUCAAGGAGGAGGAGGAAAGCUUCGUUGAUGAGGACGAGCAGGCUGAACAGCUUGAAAUCAUCGUGGAAGAAGUGCGCAGCUUUCCUCGAGAACAAUGGCCUACUCAACAGCAGUGGUUUGCAGAAUCAUACCCACGUUCUGAACACCUGGUGGACCCCCCUCAAUUCGGAUAUCUGAGAUAGAACUCACAGGGUCAAAAAUAAAAGAAAAGGGGGAGAUGUGGUGGUGUGGAUGGUUGGACUUUCCCCAUUUCAGUAUGUUAAACCUCAGUUGGACUCCACAAAGAAAGUUGGGACAGUGUAAGCAGGAACAAGCAGGUGCUGUGAAGGACUGUGACAAGGAAGAGAAGGACAGACGAGGGAGAGGAUUUAAAGAGAGAGACUUAAGGAAGAAGGAGAGGGUGCUGAAAGAAGGAUAUAGGAGAGAGGGUUUUGAGGCACAGAGAAGUUGAAAGAUAUAUGGGUGGUUUACCAAGUAGGAAGGAUUUAGAUAUGUGGAAAAGAUGAAAGGCUGGUGGGUCCUAUAUUGUAUGUUCUGCACAAUGUUGUAUGUUCUGUACAAUGCUGUAUGUUCUGUACACCCCCCCUUAAUUGAAAUUCAUAAGUUCCCCUUGGUCACAUGUUACCUUUUCCCCUCUUCCCGCCACUGUGUUAUCCCUCCCCUAUCCCCUAAUUGGUUCAAGGCUUGCAACCCUUCCCCUUAUCUCCCAAGUGUCAAGGUUCCAUUGGUUGCCGCAAAGAGGGACUCCCAUUUCUCCUCCCCUACCCCGAAAGCAUAUAAGCUGGUGCAUUUCUUUGUUCGGGAUCCAGUUACAGUUCAGCCUGGUUCCACUUCGGUCUGGACAGUGCUAUGUUGGAUUAAAGUUGUGGUUCCUCUGUCUGGCUGGCUGGAUCCUCCUUUCUCGCUCUUAGCGCGUCGCUUCAGUUAUCCUACUGCCGUUCCGGCCUCUCCCAGGGACAAGAACCCACAGGGCUGACCCCUUCGUUCCGCUGAGGGGU